ACUCUUGGCCGAGGGAGCCGGUGCUUCGCUCUGCACGGCAGGCAGACUGGCACAUCCCUGCAUGGCAGGGACGAUGCUGCCGGGAGGCACCGCGGGAGGCUCUGACUCAGCCCACCCUCGGCCACCGGCCCCCUUCCCUCAUUGCCCACCUCGCUGCCGAGCCGGCAUCCUCACCCCACGGGCAGCACCGGAGCCCCAGGGACGCCUGGGGCACGGUGUGGUGGAAAGCACCCUCGCUUCCAAGCAGCUUCAGCUGGGUACCAGGAACCGGCCCGUGCCCACCCUGGGGACGUAUCCUGCCCGUCAGUCCUCGGCAAAGCCGAUUCCUUGGCCGUGGGGUUGUUCCAGUGCCGGCGUGCCCGGGCUAUCUCCGAGAUGCCUGGCUGCAGCUGGCAUGGGGGGGUCAGUGCCAGUCCUGGUCGGGGAGCCCCAGCUCAGCUGCCCUCGUGCCUGCGGCAGCCGCUGGAUCCGGCCGAGGGGUGGGAAUCGGGAGGAUGACCUGGCUCAGCCACCGGCGGGACUCGCUCUGUCCCGCUCCUGCCCCGUCGGGGCGGCUGGCCCCGCGGUGGAGCAGCGAGGAGAGCAGCCGGGCCCUGCCGGGGCUUUCCCAAAAAAGGUCUGAACUCUUCGGUUGAGUUUGCCACUUCCCUUACCACUCCCUUUCCUGUGAGAGGAUGUGUUCGGCCGCUUUUCUUUUCUCUUUCUCUCUUCUUUUCUCUCCCAUCUCCCUGCCCUCAGACCCGGCGGUUCCGGCGAUGCCGCGCACCCCCUGAGCCGGCCGGGGUCACCCUGGCUGGCACCCACCGCCGCAGCGCGAUGGCCAGGCUGCAGGCUCCGUCCAGGAGGCGGCAGGGACAUUAGCCGGGGGGUCUUGGCGGCACGGCUCACCCGUGGACUGGGAGGAGCGGAGAGCAGCAGAAGAGCCCCCGAAGCACGACCCAACCCCGUCCACCGUGUAUGAGGCUGGGACGCAGUACGCAGGACCCGCGUCCGCAGAGACACCCCUUCCGAUGUCCCGGCAUGAGACUUCUCCGACAACGGUGCAACCCGCCAGCAACCACCGCCCCAACGCCUGCUGCUUCUGCUGGUGCUGCUGCUGCAGUUGCUCGUGGAACGAGGACCGGGAGCGAGCAUGGAGGGCGUCCCGGGAGACCAAACUGGAGACCAUCCCAAACUGUGAAGCAUGCGUCAAACCCACUCCGGAGGAGGUGCGGGGCUGGGCACAGUCCUUCGACAAGCUGAUGAAGAGCCCGGCGGGUCGCAAUGUCUUUCGGGAGUUCUUGCGGACUGAGUACAGCGAGGAGAACAUGCUCUUCUGGCUAGCGUGCGAGGAGCUCAAAAACGAGUGCAACAAGCACACCAUCGACGAGAAGGCCAGGAUGAUCUACGAGGACUACAUCUCCAUCCUCUCGCCCAAGGAGGUGAGCCUGGACUCGCGGGUGCGGGAGGUCAUCAACCGCAAGAUGCAGGAGCCGUCCUCGCACACCUUCGACGAUGCGCAGCUCCAGAUCUACACGCUCAUGCACAGAGACUCCUACCCUCGCUUCCUGAACUCUGCCAUAUACAAAUCGCUGCUCCAGAGCGUCUCCCGCUCCUCCUCGGAGUCCUAAGGGCGCCCGCCGGCCACGGGGACGUCGGUGGGGACGCGGUGGCUGGCGUGGGGGGGGGAGCUCGGUGCCUCCUUCCCUCCGUCGCCCUCCCUGCCAGCCCCCUCCCCAAGUUUUUAGCUUUUUACCUAUGAACCGUCACCCCGGUUUCUGGGCCGUUCUCCAGGACUGUCCCCGGGGCUGAUGCCGCUGCGGCAGCACAGCCCAGGCCGGCUCGUACUACUGAACCCCUGCCCCGUCCCCGCCGCUGGCCGGAGCGAGCCGGGGAAGCUCGCGGGAGCGCGCAGAAGAGCGCCUGGGGCCUGGCUCCCCCUCCCUGGCUCCACCCGCACCCCGUUUUGAAGAGGUCACUUUAUCCCCUCUCCACCACACCUGGGGACACAGCAUGUCCCCGUUUCCCACCUGAGACCCAGUUGGGGACUGGGUUGGGGGUUUUUUGGGGGUGGGGGGGAGGUCAAUUGUUGUUGUUUUUUUUUUUUAUUUUAAAUGCUUCUUUUGUUGGCUUUUAUUGGGGGACUCGAGGGGUGGGAGGGGGGGUUUGGCAAGCGUCUCUGUACAUAUAAAAACUUGUCAGGUUUACAUCACUCCUCCGUCUGUUUGAAGCGGCCGACGGCAUGGGGAGCAGUGCUGCAGCCCGGCUGGAUGGAGCAGAGGGCAGGCAGCACCCUGGGGCCAUGGCCCCCCAUCUCCAAAGCUGUCCAAGGGCCUCUGGAGGGGCCAGAAGGGACCAUGGGACCACGACGAUGUGCUCGGAGGGUGGGCAGAGGCUGCCCUACAGCCGCCCCCUCCACCAGUCCCCAUUGCACACAUCAGCACCGGUCCAGAACCGGGACACCACAUGCUUGUCACCCCAAACCCAGAGCGUCCUGCACCCUCAGUUCAUGGACCUCAGGGAAGGGGAAAACACGCUCGCAGGCCAUGUAGGUGUUGUUUACCUUCCCGCAGAAACCCGCAGGCACCAGGACCCCCAAAAGCAAAGGCUCCUGGCUGGCCCAUGCCUGCCCCGCCAGUGGGGAGAAUCCCGAGGGUCUGCCCUGGUCCCUCAGGAGCAGUUUGGCACCGAGCAGCAGGCAGGCAGGGCUCCAUGUGUGAUGGGAAAUGUCACAGGGACGAUCUAAAAUAUCUAUGUGAUUUUUGUAUGGCGUGAGGAAUGGUUUACUGAAGCCCCAGCACCCAGAAUUAAAACAUUUCCGCCGGCAGCCCCUGCCCUCCACAAUGAAAUGAAGCCAACACCGGGGUCCUGCCACCCAGCUUGGCCACGCACCGGCUCAGCCCUGCUGCAGAAGACCAAUGCUAGUCUUUGCCUUUCCUGACCCAGAGCAGCCUGUGGUUUCCUAUUUAUCUACCCCUUCCUCCCUUCUUCUCUCUUCAUCCCUUUCAAAGAAAAAAGAAAGGGCACUCAUUCUUUUUAUUGAAGAUAUUUUUUAAACAAACAAACCAAAAAAUUCACUUGGCUUUUUUGUUUCCUUCCUUCCUAGUGGCAUGACUACGUGGAAAUUCAUGUCAGUAAAGUUAGCGUUGUUUGCCAAGCUGGAAAUACAAUUCAAGAAAAUGUAUUUUUGA